AUGACUUACUCCUCACUGACUACUCCUGGUGAUGAUGAUUAUGAUGAUAGUCGCUAUCAAGAAGCCAGGGAGUUCUUGUAUGAGGCAAGUAAAUUAAUGAGGGAGAGCACGGCCCAAACUGACCUGCUAAGUUACCAGAAUGCCUUCAUACACGAUAAGGUUGGGCCCCUCGUCCGCACCUCCUUCGGUGUAGGGGUCCUUAUGGGGGUUAGACCAGAUGGCACUGCUGAAGUACAAUUACAAACGUUGAAGAUGUAUCCAAGGCUCACUGAUAUACGACUCCUCCCUGAGCGCUGUGCCAGGCCACUACCAUCAUCAUAUCCAUAUGAUGAGGCCGCCCCUUCUCAGGGCUUGAAGCGGGAGGCCCAAUGUUAUGAAGAGCAUCCUUGCCCUAACAAUAAUAAGAGGCAGUUGGUUGAUUACCACUGA